CCCUUCCUUACUUCGCCUCCUAUCAAAAGCAUACUCCAUCAGACACCUUAAAAUAUCACCCCUCGCCAUCAUCUCCUCUAUAUCUCAUCCCUUCAUCCCGAAACUAAAAUUUCAAAAAUGGCACCAAAACUGACAACAGUUGAACACUUAAAGUACUCAAAAAGAGUGGUGCUGAAAUCAAUAGUGGGCAGAGAUGAUGGAGGAGUUGGGUUGGCAGGGGAGAGGGUUGUGGUUGGUGGGUGGGUGAAGUCAUGCACGGAUAAGGCGGAGCCCGUGGUGGCCGUGGCUGAUGUUACUUAUCCCGAAGUGCUCAUGUCAAGGAUUCCGAUCCUCGGUUCCAUUGCCAGGAUUCUUGGUGGGAGGAAGUCAGUUCCGGUUGUGAAAGCGGAGGGAGGACAGUCUAGGACUGUGUCUUUUGUUGCUUGGUUGAGGAUUAACGAUGGGUCUUGUGUUGCUAGUCUUCAGGUUGUAGCCGAGUCUUCUUUAUAUCCUCUUGAACAAAUUACACAUGUUGGUACUUCUGUAUUAGUAGAAGGUGUUAUUGUGAAGAUACCUGCACCGAAAAAGCAUUCAAUAGAGCUUAAAGCAGAGAAAAUCCUACAUGUUGGGAGUAUGAAUAUCGAGACAUAUCCCUUAAGAAAAUCACGUUUAUCUUUGGAUACUGUGAGAUCUUACCCACACCUCCGUCCUCGAGCUUCUAUGGGAGCAUCUGUUGCCCGCAUUCGCAAUAGCUUAUUCAAUGCAACACAUUUGUUCUUCCAAAGCAACGGUUUCCUUCAUGUGCAUAUGCCCAUUAUCACCACUAUGAGCUCAAGAGCCGAUGCCAAAAUGUUUCAAGUAUCAACUCUUCUCAACAAAUUAGUUGACAUAGAAAAGACAGACGAAAAGAAUGAUAAAGAAGACAUCAAUAUUGAAGUAGUCAAGGAUGCUAUCAAGGAAAAGAGUGCUAGGAUCGAAGAGCUCAAAAGGACUGACAGCAACAAAGAAGCUCUUAUUGGCGCUUUACAAGAUCUUCAGAAGGCUCAUGAACUAGCUUUACAAUUGGAGGAGAAGCAACAAAGCAAGGCAUUAUCAGUUAUGGAUAAAAUUUUAGAUUUUUCGAAGGAUUUCUUUUUACGCCGUGCGUAUUUAUCAACUUCACCUGAGCUUCACCUUGAAAGCUAUGCUUGUGCUCUUAGUAGUGUUUAUACAUUUGGCCCAACGUUUGAAGCUGAUAAGGACGUUAAAGCUGCAAAGAAUUUGGCAGAAAGAUGGACAAUUGAUGUCGCAUUGGCCUUUGCAGAACUAGAGGAUGCAAUGAAUUGUGCAGAGGAUUGUUUGAAGUUUCUCUGUCACAAAUUUCUAGAGAGCUGUCCUGAUGAUUUAAUUCUUAUGUCAAAACGCGUAGACAAUAAUUGUACUGAUCGCCUUAAAUCUGUUUGCUCAAGACCUUUUCCAAGAAUUACUUACACAGAAGCAUUGGAUUUUCUAAAAAAGGCUGACGAUGGCAAAUUUGACGCACAAGCUGAAUGGGGAAUUAGUCUAUCAAGAGAACAUGAAAGUUAUUUGGCUGAUGUGUUUUUCAAACAACCAGUGAUCAUAUACGAAUAUCCAAAAGAAAUUAAGCCAUUUUAUGUUCGUGAAGCAGAUAAUGAGAAAACAGUCUCCGCGUUUGAUAUUAUUGCACCAAAGGUUGGAGUAUUAGUUCAGGGAAGCCAAAAGGAGGAGCGUCUGAAAAAGAUUACUACAAGACUUGAAGAAACUGGAUUGUCUAUGGAACAAUAUGAGUGGUACUUAGAUAUCCGAAGGCACGGUACUGUCAAGCACUCUGGUUUCAGCCUUGCGUUUGAGAACCUGGUUAUGUUUGUAACUGGAAUCGACAACGUCAAAGAUGUCAUUCCAUUUCCAAGAACUAGAGGUAGUGCUGGUGUUUAGGAAUUGUGAGGAAAAUGUGGUGGAACUAUGUAUAUUGGAACUGUAUAAAAUUAUGUAAUUAUAUAUUUUUUAAAGUAUUAUGACACAUGUUUUCAUUGUAUUCUUCUACGAUGAUAACAGUCUUCUAUUGUGGAUGGAAUUUAAAAAAACAUUUGUGGAGAACAGGUGAUUGAAGAAAGAAAAAGGAU